AGUUAGAAGUUGCUGUAGAUAUGUGUGGUGUCAAACUAACCAUGCUGAGACGUAUUACCUCUUAUUAACCGCUGUAAGAAUUUAGGCUCAUCGACACGACCGAAAGAUGGUCUCGAUCAUCAAAAAUCAGCUGUUAAAACACCUAUCGAGGUUUACCAAGAAUUUAUCUGCUGAUAAGAUAAACCUGAGCACAUUCAAAGGUGAAGGAGAGCUAUCGAAUUUAGAACUUGAUGAAACAGUCCUCACGGAUCUACUAGAGCUGCCAUCGUGGUUAAGAUUAACUAAUGCUUGGUGCAAUAAAGUUUCAUUUCGCAUACAAUGGACCAAACUGAAAAGUGUUCCUAUCUUUUUGAGUUUGGAUGAGGUUCACAUAGAUGUAGAAACAUGUGAGGAUCUGAGAAGCAUGUCUUCCCCGCAGGGUAUAGCAUCAUACGCCGGUCCUGCAAAGUAUUCUUUUAUACAUAAAGUAAUUGAUGGAAUAACAAUAGCUGUUAACACUGUGCUGGUUACAUUUAAAAGUCCUGCGUUCAUUGCCUCAGUCCAGAUGAACCGGAUUAUGGUGGAAUCCAAGUCGGCGACAUGGCAGCGUUGCGAUCUCAGAACCACUAGAGUAAAAGAUCCUGAUCGAGGACAAUUACUUAUCUUUAAAGAAUUAGAAUGGCAGACCGUUAGAAUAGAAGCUCAAAGUACUAAGGAUCAUAAUCUGACGCCACUUCGUUUACUUACAAACCAAGCAAGAUGUCGAAUUACGAUAAAGAAAAGAAUAUCAGAUUGUUUCGUCAUGGGCUCCAGAUUAGUAAUUAUUUUAGAUGAUCUUCUGUGGGUAUUGACAGAUUCACAACUGAAAGCUGCGCUCCAUUUUCUCGACUCUUUGGGUGGUCUUAUCGAGAAAGCCACCGUUCUCGAGCGGAAAACAAAAGCUGCAAGAAAAUUAGAGGUUUUACCAGAAUAUCAGGCGCAGGUAUCUCAGCAGCAAAACAGAACAAAAAGUCAGUACACUACAGCGAUUUCAAAAAUAUUUACGAGAUAUGAUGUUGUAGAAACGUCAUAUCAUUUUCUUUCGCAACGCAUCGAUCUUCACUUGUGCGAUGAUGCUGGUGGAGGCAGAUCAUUACAUCCCGAUCUGAAGGACGGUGGUGCAUUACAAAUUUCAUUAGUUAGAUUUCAAAUUGAUUAUUAUCCGUAUCAUCUGGCAAUGGCGGAUAGAAAACAUUGGCCAAAAUACAGAGAGAAUGCUACACCUCACAACCAAUGGUUGCAACAGUCGUUGAGUUCGUUCCGAAGUCAGUUUAUGGAUCUCAUAGAUUCUGGAAGAACACAACAUUCUCCUUUAACAAGAAGCCAAGGGAACGUAACAGGAAGUGGUACGAAAGGCUCCAGAGAGAAUUUGGAAAAAAAUAAUCAACCACAAAAUCCAAAUGUCACACCAUCUGAGCAAAAAAAGUCUCAGCAUCCUAGUGGUAAUCCAGUGAAAAAUUAUGUCUUGGAGCAGCUUGCCAAACUAAUGACGACGUGCAUUAUUAUCAGGAUCGAUGAUUUUACCUUGUACAAAGUGACAACAACGUCGCGUAAUCCAAUGCCAAAAGAAUUCAUCUCAGCUCAAACCAGGAAAAAACAUACCCCAGGCGAUCGUGACAGAUUUAGUCUUCCAGAAGACGUAACGAUACUUCAUGCUGAGUUUACUUAUUACUAUUAUCCGGGAGAUAUUACUUUUCCCUUGCCGCCGCCCAAGUUUUAUGUACAGCUCAAUCCCAUUCAAAUAAAUUUCGACGUCUGCUCGUGCCUUUGGUUUAAUUCUUUUGCAUUGAAUCUUUAUCAUUCUCUUAUGGGAAAAGACAAGCAGCUGAGCUCUUCUCGUUUAAUGUAUUUUGAUGUAAAAAUAGAGGCUAUACUUCCAAGAAUAGUCUUCGAAAGUCAACAGGAUUACCCAAACCAGAAAGACAGACCCAAGUCCUUGCAUCUUCAAACUUCCAGAGCAUCUAUAACAAAUGUUCGAUCAACAGAAAGAUCUUCGAGAGCGGAUUUGGCGCAGUGCCUCAAUGCAUUUCAAAUGGGACAAAUGUUCUUUGGUGCAGAGUUUCCCAGUAAAUCGGGAGAUUUUCAUGUAGUAACGGAUAAAUUUCUAGCGCAUUGUGCAGGCGCUGAUAAUAUUAGGCAAAUACCGCCAAAUUUCAGCAGCAAUUCCGUAAAUGAGUUGCUUCGUCAACUAAAUAGAGAACUUUUGUGGACAGAGGCGAAGGACGUGUGGUGCUGCAACUUGGAGCCCGUUUGGGGAGACUUUUUCGGAGCACGAGCCGUCGGCCAGAGUCGGCCCGUACCGUUUCUGGACGCGUUCCCUCUAACGCUGUGGUGUCAUUUUACCGCAGACUCGUUAUUAGCCACGGAGAAGCCUUCGGCCGCCGAUAUUCACGGGCUGGCAUAUAUAAGCAAUUUAGUUAGCGUACAGAUAAAUCAUUAUCAAUAUUUAUUCUUACUCAGAUUGUCGGAGAUACUUGCCGAAAUGGCUACGUACCUGGCCGUGGACUCGAAUAAGAUUUUGAAAGUUGAGAGCGGCGGAUCGGUGAUCAUAGGCGCGUUGAUACCGCAGGUGGAAGUGACGUUUGUGAUGCCGUCGCACACACCCGGUAAAGAGAAUUCCGGCGGCGAUCUAGAAUCCGUUAUGCCUGACUCGUCCAGCAUAGCGGACGACUUCGUCGGCUCGUCCACGGUCUGGCAUACUAGCACGGUGGGCGUGGGCGCACGUGUCGAUUUUAGCGCUAAGAGAAUGAACACGAGCAACGACGUAGAGACACCUCAGAGCGAGGCAUCGUCCAUGUUGUCGAUGGAUUACUCGCAUUCCGCUCCGCCGGUCGUCACUUUUAAACAAAACGGCACCAAAAAAGGCGACCAGGAGGGUCCAACGAAUGCAAUAUGGUGCAUACCCGAGAGUUCCGGGCCGCAGUAUAUCGGCAAUCCGAGCGACGAAAAGAAACAUACAACGGAAGCUACGCAUAAGCAUAGCAAGUCAGACUCGAGCACGCCCUUCAUUCCGAAUAAUUUCAACGUCAAUCUCUCGUCUAUGAAAAAGGGAUUCAGCAAUCUAAUGACGUCGAUCGAUUCGGCCUUGAAGGCCUCUCCGGAAGACGGUAGUAGCGAUACAGUGUCCAUGAGAAGCGACGUUAGCUCGGACAGCGAGAAUUAUGUUUUGGUCAGCCUUCAAGAUCAAGGGAAGAUCGACGCGAUAUUCGGCAUCGAUAAUUCGAUUAGGAUAACGGCCGUGGAAGAAGCGACUGAAGUUGUGGAAGAAACGCCGGACACGCAAAGUGAAAAGUCUAUGGACAGCGUAUGCAAAAGGAAGGAUAUAGUUUCCAUGGCGACGUUCAAGCUGUCGAAAGUCGAAUUUAUACACCAAUCUUGUGAUUAUUCUUCCAUUAUCAAGGUUCAAGUUUCCAACAUUGACAAUGAUGAGUGUUCAUCUAUUCCUUGGGACGAAUUUCAGGUCAAGAGAAAGACCAAGUUCAGUUCGCGAUCUCGAGGCUGGAUAGAAUUACCAUCCGAUUCUGACUGCAGAUCACGUAUUAAGCUACGUUUGGAUCAUAGCUUGAAAAAUCCGGAAGACUCUCGUAGAUUGUCGGACGCCAGUCAAAAAGACACGAGCGACAGUAGUAGAUCAGCAUCUCAAGACCGCGCUAGAUUGUCUGAGCAAGAUACAUCGCGUUCGUCCGGGAUUAAUGUGCAUGAUAAAGAGAACGUUAUGAAUUUAUUCGAGAAUAAGCUAGAAAUGAGAGUCGCUAACGUAGGAAUGUCAUUGUCGAUGAGCUCGGUGACGGGUUUGGCGGAUUUGGCAGAGGACGAGAUCAUACCUAAACCGAUUCCUAUGCAGAUACACUUAGAAAAUAUAUCGUUACGUUUAAACGAGGAUCGUCCGCCAAAUAACAUAACUUCCCCGGGCCCGAUCCCGAUAGAUUUAAAUAUUUCCAAACUCAGGAUAGCACGGGACAUGAGCGGCGUGUUUCACAUCGAACCCGUUGUAACUACAGUAGGUGAGAGCCAUUCAAAUACGACGUUAUCGAAUGACAACAGUUACACGCUUAAGAAUACGGAGUGUGAGAGGGAAUUGAAAGCUCUAAGACAAUCCAGUAAGCAGCUGAAAUCGGAUAACGAAGAAUUGAGACGUCGUAUGGGAGCUUUGGAAAGACUGUCGGAAGAAAAUGCGAGAUUAAUGCGCGUGAAAGAGGAAUCGGAUAUAAUAAGAUCUCGUUUAAGCGCCGCGGAAGACGACAUUGCGAGUCUUCUGGAAGAAAAGAAACUCUUGCACGAAACUAUUUCAGAGCUGCAAAAUCAAAGACUGGAAGACGGUCCUGGAGGUAGUAAUAGAGCUUCAUGGUCUAUUAAGAGAUAGCAUACCAGUUGUUUUGAUUGCUCCACAUGUUGCAGUUCUAAUAAGUCCUAACCAGUUAUAUUUUUUAUAAUGCAAAAGACAUUUCUUUUGACAAGUUUAGGAUAUCUUUAUGUAAAGCGAAGAGACUUUUAGUUUAUUUUAAUAAAGUUAUUGUCGUUAACAAUAUAAUUUUUAACUUUACACGUGUGAAUUAACGAGGAUUAGGACAAUUUAAAUCUUUUUGGAAGCACUAUCAGGUCUAUAACUGUACUUUAAGACAUUAUUCUCGUCUGCCGUAAUUAUGCUAGUAACUGCCGUUUAGAUCUUUUGCUUAAAAUGUCAAACACAGUGAUAAGAAUCGUAUGAAUGCAUAUACGACGCAAACUUAAAUGAGAAAAUAUUAACUUUCUUACCGUGAUCGAAUAUAAGGCGAUAAUAAACUACAAUAUUAGCCCGUUUUCUGUUUUACUGUGAAAUUAGUGGUUUGUCUUGUACGAAUUUUUGAUAAGCGAUAAAUCGUCGGUAUGUCGGCUGUUUAUGGGGUAGCGUGGCUGAAAGUUGUGUAUGAUCGUAUUUAUUACAUUAUGCGUAUUUUUUGUUAUAAAUGUAUGUAUAGAUAAAUAACAAUUUUUGUCUAUACAUACAUACAUACUUACAUGGUAUACAUAUCCUUCUGAAAACGAAAUAAUAGUCUUAAAAUACGGUAAAUAUGUAGAUAAAUGAAGAAAACGAUUUGUUUAGAACUGGAUUUGUAUUAAUAAGGAAACGUGCUAGGUAUCUUCAGCAUUUCUCUGUUUUAAGAUGAAAAUUGAGUAGUAUACUUGCAUAUUUGUGCAUUAUACUUAUGAAGCGUAGUAUUUGUAUCAGGACUUUAGGAGGUUGUGUACGUACAUGUACGGAAGAAGCAAGUGACUAGUCAGUACAUAACAAUUUAGGCGUAUUGGUUGAUUCUAUACGUGGUCAUAUUUUUAUAUUUUGUUUUCCGUAAACAUAACGAUCCGUAAGAGCAUCCUGUGAAGCACAAUGAUUUAAAACAGACGAUUGUAACUUAGAAAUAUAUGCUAGUUGAGCCUACGGAUAGACUUUAAAUAGGAAUUGUGACCUGGUGGUAUCAUGCAUUAUGUCGUAUACAUAAUUUUGCAUUGACUGAUUUAAUGAUUCAUCGAAUGAUGAAAAUUAUAAAUAAUAAUAAUACAGUGACGUGAGACGUUUCAAUAAGACUGUAUAAAAUUUGGAGAUGUUGGUCUAUAGUAGUCGCUCUAGAGUAUCCUUGAAAUAAUUUAUAGGAACCUUAGAAUACGGCGAAUUGACUCGAUGAAUUUUUAAAGGAGAGAAUCGUAAUAUGAUGGAUUAAUAAUGGUCCUUUUAAUACAAGGUUUUUUUUCAGUUUACAAUUGGUCCUGAUUAGCUCACUUAGAGUUUGAUUUCGAUAGAUUUAGUUUCUACGACGGAUUGCUGGUCGAUCCUACAUAAAUGGAAAGUAUUUUUUUAGCGUAUACGAAUACAUGAUGCGAUUGAAAUUUGUUUCAUAAUGUAAAUUUCUGCUCUUAAUAUACAUAAUUUCAUGUAUCAUAGAUACGCCAUUUAGAUAGAUUUCCAUUUAAAUGCGGCUUCGAACGGUGCGUUCCCUCGGCAAAUAUUUUCGUCUAAAUAGACGAAUACAAAUGAUCGCAAUUGUAUAUCUAUGUGAUGGUGUAUUUGCUUGAGACGGUUUGGUGCAAUAAGAUGUAGUUAUCUAAUAUUUGACUAGUGAACGCAAUGACUGAAGGUAGCAUAAUAUAUGUAGGCUUAGAAAAAGAUGAAAACUAAAAGUUGAAGUUUUUGUUACUUUCAGAUAUAUGUGUGUAUAUAUAUAUAUCUAUAUAUAUACACUAACAUAUAUACGUAUAUACAUAUAUACGGGGAUAAGCUUUUUAUAAUGCACAUAUCAUAUCUACAAUGAAGGAUUUGCUUAUAUGUAUAACACGUUUAUACAUAUCUGAUAACAUUUUGUAUUGCAGGAACAUAGUCUCCUUGCAGUUCAAUUGUAUUGAUGUCUCUUAUCUUUCAAGUCUGAUUUAGAUCAACUUCCUAAAGUUUGCUCAUAGUUCCUUUUUUGGAGAACUAAUUACAUUUAUACAAACAUGUUUGGUAUUAAUUAAUAUAUACCAAAUACGUUUUUAUUGUAUAUUGAACU